AUCCUUUGCUGUUACUAUGGACUUUGUAAACAUCCGGUUUUGAGUGCAACACAUCACAACAGGCAAACAUGGCCGCAAAGCUCCAGUCGUCCAGGGAUCCCUACCCCUUUCCUCAAUUACAAAAUGAUCAAGACUUUUAUGGAUCAGGGACAAACCAGAAAUAUCCAUAUGCAGAGCCCACCCAUUUAGCACAGAGACAAGAUCCCUGGAAUAGACUGAAUACAAAAUGUACUUUAGCUUCAUCUCGAAGAGAAAUUUACCACAGUGAUCCCCAGGCACCAAAUGAUAGCUUGGAUUUUGUCCUCAAAUCACAGUAUAAUCACCAUGAUAAAUUUCUAAAGGCUAAACAUGAGACUCUGUAUCAACCUGAAACAUACACUGAUGACCAUGGGAGGGUUCUAAAGAACAGAGAGAAGGAAGUAGUUGUUGUUCCACCAAAAAUGAACCAUCCUUUAGAAGUCUCUUCUCAAAAGAAAAAGGAAAGCAUUCAUAGUAUCAAAAAUGCAAUUGAGUCUCACCACACACAGACAACAAACCGUGGCUACUCCAGAAAACCUGACGGCGGAUUUUUCUCAUCAUAAUUUCGUUGUUCAGUGUGUAAAUGGUUUCCACAGGUUACUUCUGUAUCCUGAUUCCGGAGUGUAACUGUUGAAUUCCAUUCUAGCUUACCUCAAACAUGUGAUACUUUACUCCAUCAACUCGAAUAACGAUGUCCGCACCAUUUUCAGGAAAAUAUUCGUGUAUUACUCUUGUCAAAGAUAAACAGUAAAACUGAAAAAGCAAUUAUUUUAAAUUUUAUGAAAGUUUUUUGUUUUUAUUCGUAUUGAACUAUAUAGCACAAUAUAUGGAUAAAUUAUUGUUUUGUUGAAAGCAGUCAUAUAUAUACUAUUUAUUGUUUUCAUAAAUUAUACUAGAAAUUUAUAUACAAAUCUAUAUGUUUAAUAUUAAGAAUUACUUCUUUUACUGAUGUCAGAUGCAAAGAAAUGGAGAUAUGAUACCAUUUUGCCAAGUUGUGUCACUUAGUUUUUAAGAUUUCUUAGUUAAAGAGAGAUAACUCUGAUUUAAAAUUGUAACUAUCCAAGCCCUUUGCAAGAUGAACAGAGUCUGAAAAUAUGAAGUUGUUUUCACACUCCUAAAAUGAAUUGCUAGUACUUUAAAUCUUAUCUCUAUUUGUUUUCUAAAAAUAUGUUGUAUCUGUAAAUGGAUUCAUGCAAAACAUAAUAAUAGGAAAGACUAUGUAUACAUUUUUAAGCUUUUUCCACUAUAUGAUUAAUUUCAUAGAAAGUUUUUUGCUAUAAAUAUUUUACAGCCAGAGUAUAUAUAUUAUUUAGGUAUUUUUAACACCAGUAUUAUAACAUACAAUAUGCAUCAAAAUUUCCUGCCAGUAUUAGCUUUCGUUGAUGAAAACGUAUCUUCAGUAUAUCAAAGUGUUUAAUUAAGAAAAUGUGUUAAUAUGUUUCAUAUAUUUCUAAAGUAGUUUUAGUUAAAUACUAUAGUUUUCAUCUCGUAUAUUUUACUAGUUACUACUGACUUUUUGUAUGAAGGACUAUAUCUUAUAACGUCAAAUUAAGCUUAAAAUUUGAUACAGAUAAACAUGUUUAUUAUUGUUGGCAACUUAAAUUAUUUCUUAAACAUCAAUUGACUUGUGCAAGAUCAAGCUGUAUUAUUGUGCAUGUGAAAUCCUGCACAAGAAUUAUGGGAACAGAAACCCACUGGAUCCGAGACCAGCACUGCGAAGGGAGAGGAGUUUGCUUCAGGAACAAAUUUUGUAAAUGCAUCUUGUAACAUGUAUAGCACACAGUAUUGUUAACAAUUGUUGUUUGAAUAGCCAUUAAUAUCUUUAUUAACAGCAUGAUUUUAGCAAUUUUAUUUUCAGUGCAUGAAAAAUAUGAUUAGCUAGUUUGAACAUUAGCUUUGUAUAUGAAUUGGUGACUGUUUUAAUGAGGUAUUAUCAAGUACAUAUCAUGUAUGCAGAUAUAGGCUAUUAUUACUAGAUGGUGAAGGAAGUCCCUACUAACUGCAUGCUGCCCCAUUCCCUUUGAUGUUGUAAUGCGCGUGUUGUAAUUGUUGUGUCUAACAGCUGGUGGAGGGUUGUAGAGAGAUUAUAUGUUGUUGGGUGUUGUUUUACUAACUGCAUGCUGCCUCCUAUGUUUUGUUUUAGAUGCUUUCAUCCAGCACAGUUGCUAACUGCCCCAGAGCUAGUGCUAACUAUUUGCAUUUUUUAUUUAUUUCAGUGUUGUAAGUAGUUGAAUAGUAUACGUAUAUGUGUUUUAGAUGUGAAAUAUUAGUUAUAGCUUUUAUGUUGCUUCAUACUAACAAGCAGAAAAGACGCUUGCCAGAAAAAAAUUGAUUUCAAGUGGCAAACAGCUGACAGCGUUUUUUCUGUGCACGCAUAUAGCUGAGUUUAUUUGCACGUGCUAUACAUACCUGUUACCUGGAUGUUUCCAUCAUGCAUUUCACUUUCAUUCCCAGAGAGCCCUCACCUUGCUGGCACCAAUGGCGGCUACUCCAGAAAACACGACGGCGGAUUUUACUGCACAUAGAUACACCAGUCAGAAUAUCAUGAUGACUUUGAUUUUUUUUUAUAAAGCAUAAAAUUUUUUAACAAGCCACUUAAGUAUUUUUUAUUAUUUUCAUGUACAAGAUUUAGUAUUUCACUUUUAAUCAAAAUAAUUUUUAAAACUUGUCUUACUUUUGUAUGAUAUACAAACCUUGUCAGCAUUAUUUUAAAGAUUCAUGGUUUUACACUGCUUAUAUUUCUGUGAUCUUUUGCAUGUGAUAUUUAACCAAAAUGUUUUAUCAGUCUGUACAAAAGUUUAAAAUUUUCACCAUAUCUUAUUGUCUAUCAUGAAAAAUAAAUUUAUAUUUUUUGUUUGUAA